AUGAUGGUGAAGGAAGGUGAGGCAGAGAGCUGGCUACUCACAUCUACAUUUUCCACUGUGCUAAUGACUGCUGCGUCAGGAGGUACCCGGCCUGAUUACCUGACUCGACCACCGCCCCCGGCCACCACGAAGCCCUCCGCCCCUCCACCACACCCAGCCCCUCCACCCACCCCGCCCCUCCUCGCCCACCACCCCGCCUCUCCACCACGCCUCUUUCCCUUGUCCCUUGCAGUCCCUACUCCUCUGUCCCUCACUAUUACAGCCCCCACGCCUCUGUCCCUUGUCUCUGCAGCCCCCAAGCCUCUGUCCCUCGUCUCUGCAGCCUCCACGCCUCUGUCCCUCGUCCCUUCAGCCCCCACGCCUCUGUCCCUCGUCCCUGCAGCCCCCACUCCUCUGUCCCUCGUCCCUGCAGCCCCACUCCCUAUUCCUCAUCCCUGCAGCCCCCACGCCUCUGUCCCUCUUCCCUGCAGCCCCCCACUUCUCUGUCCCUCGUCCCUGCAGCCCCCACUUCUCUGUCCCUCGUCCCUGCAGACCCCACUUCUCUGUCCCUCACCAUUGCAGCCUCCACGCCUCUGUCCCUCGCCGCUGCACCAUCGAUAA